AGAGCCUUCUCAGCUGUGAAGAGGGGGCCCCCCAGCUUCUGGGGCCCGAUGUGAUCUGACAUAUGAGCCCGGGUGGGGGAGGCAGGAAUUCUCGUGGCUGCCUGGGACAGUGACCUGCAGCUCUCCCCACCUGUCGGCUGCCUGGUGUCUGCACGAUCUGUGUCUUAUGCCAGGUCUUAAGAUAACGCAGACCUGGCCAGAGGGACAUUCAAGGUCAAAGAUGCCCUGAAAGAGAUAUCGACAGCAGGUUGCUUUCGUGGCCUUCUUGUUUGACAAAGAAGAUCUGUGCAGAGAGGGCACAAGCAGGUUUUCUCCAGCAGAGGGAGCCAUUUUGGAUCUGACCUACCAUAAAAAACCACCAGAGUAACCUUCAGCCGCAAAGCUGUUGUCCACGUGGACGGGGGCCGACAUCGCACGUCCAUCCGCCAGGACCCCCGUGUCCAGAUUCAGAGACAUGGCCACCGAUGGCAGCAAGCUGGCCGAUGGGCAGAUCUCCACGGAAGUCAGCGAGGCCCCCAUGGCCAACGACAAGCCCAAGACCCUGGUGGUGAAAGUGCAGAAGAAGGCCGGGGACCUUCCCGACCGGGACACGUGGAAGGGCCGCUUCGACUUCCUCAUGUCCUGCGUGGGCUAUGCCAUCGGCCUGGGCAAUGUCUGGAGGUUCCCCUAUCUCUGCGGGAAAAAUGGUGGCGGGGCCUUCCUCAUCCCCUACUUCCUGACGCUCAUCUUUGCGGGGGUCCCCCUCUUCCUGCUGGAGUGCUCCCUGGGCCAGUACACAUCCAUCGGGGGCCUGGGCGUGUGGAAGCUGGCCCCUAUGUUCAAGGGUGUGGGACUUGCCGCCGCCGUACUGUCCUUCUGGCUGAACAUCUACUACAUCGUCAUCAUCUCCUGGGCCAUCUACUACCUGUACAACUCCUUCACCACGACACUGCCCUGGAAACAGUGUGACAACCCCUGGAACACGGACCGCUGCUUCUCUAACUACAGCAUGGUCAACACCACCAACAUGACCAGCGCCGUGGUGGAAUUCUGGGAGCGCAACAUGCAUCAGAUGACAGACGGGCUGGACAAGCCAGGUCAGAUCCGCUGGCCGCUAGCCAUCACCCUGGCCAUUGCCUGGAUCCUUGUGUAUUUUUGUAUUUGGAAGGGUGUCGGCUGGACCGGAAAGGUGGUCUACUUCUCCGCCACGUACCCCUACAUCAUGCUUAUCAUUCUGUUUUUCCGUGGAGUGACGCUGCCCGGGGCCAAGGAGGGCAUCCUUUUCUACAUCACCCCCAACUUCCGCAAGCUGUCGGACUCCGAGGUGUGGCUGGAUGCAGCUACCCAGAUCUUCUUCUCCUACGGGCUGGGCCUGGGAUCCCUGAUCGCCCUUGGAAGCUACAAUUCUUUCCACAACAACGUCUACAGGGACUCCAUCAUCGUGUGCUGCAUCAAUUCGUGCACCAGCAUGUUCGCCGGAUUUGUCAUCUUCUCCAUCGUGGGCUUCAUGGCUCAUGUCACCAAGAGGUCCAUUGCUGAUGUGGCGGCCUCAGGCCCUGGGCUGGCAUUCCUGGCAUACCCGGAAGCAGUGACCCAGCUGCCCAUUUCUCCCCUCUGGGCCAUCCUCUUCUUCUCCAUGCUACUGAUGUUGGGCAUCGACAGCCAGUUCUGCACCGUGGAGGGCUUCAUCACCGCCCUGGUGGACGAGUACCCCAGACUCCUCCGCAACCGCAGAGAGCUCUUCAUUGCUGCCGUCUGCAUCAUCUCCUACCUGAUCGGCCUUUCUAACAUCACCCAGGGGGGUAUAUAUGUCUUCAAACUUUUCGAUUACUACUCUGCCAGUGGCAUGAGCCUGCUGUUCCUCGUGUUCUUUGAAUGUGUCUCCAUUUCCUGGUUUUACGGUGUCAACCGAUUCUAUGACAAUAUCCAAGAGAUGGUCGGCUCCAGACCCUGCAUCUGGUGGAAACUCUGCUGGUCUUUCUUCACGCCCAUCAUUGUGGCGGGGGUGUUCAUUUUCAGCGCUGUGCAGAUGACUCCUCUCACCAUGGGAAGCUACGUUUUCCCCAAGUGGGGCCAGGGCGUGGGCUGGCUCAUGGCUCUGUCUUCCAUGGUCCUCAUCCCCGGGUACAUGGCCUACAUGUUCCUCACCUUAAAGGGCUCCCUGAAGCAGCGCAUCCAGGUGAUGAUCCAGCCCAGCGAAGACAUCGUCCGCCCGGAGAACGGUCCGGAGCAGCCCCAGGCCAGCAGCUCAGCCACCAAAGAGGCCUACAUCUAGGGGCGCGGGGCGGCUCGCCGACCCAACACUGUCACCCCGCCCAACCUGGUUGAAGGCGACCACCACUUGAUGACUGAAGAUAACCUUCUAUCUCCACCUACCUCAAGUGGCGAGUCCAGAUUCCAACACCACACAAAGAGAGGGGAGGUGGGGGGGGCAGUCAGACCCCUGGGGGGGCCCUCCUGGGGGGGGGGCCAUGUAACCCAGUGGCUUCCAGCAUCCGGCGGGCUGGUGACCUUUCUCCUGGGGGGACCCCAUAAGCAUCAAGCGGUCCGUUGACAUUCGUAACUGCCGUGGUAGCUCAUUUUUAUCCCGCCAGCGAGUGUGACCCUGUGACCCGGCCAGGCCAUAGACACACACACACACACACACACACACACACUCCUGGCUUUUAGUCGUAUUCUUGACUGUUUUCUUGCCGAACCCUGUGACUGUUAUCUUGGACUUUGCAGGAAGGUCGGUUCCGCCAGACACUGCUCUGGACAAAGGACAAGGGCGUUUUUGUAUACGGUGGGGACUGCCAGGGACAGUUUACUCGAGGUGGCAGGGAGCCCGCGGGGAGCUCUGACUUUUCUUUUCUUUUUAUUUUUUUAAUUUUCUCCUUCCCGAGGCAGCUGGACAAAACAACCCCCAAAGACCUCAGUCUGUGUGUGUUCCCAGAGCUGUUUCACAAGCAGCACGCAUAGCAUCCUCUGCAGCUCCGUGUCCCUAUCCCCAUCCUUGCCAGCCCAGGGCCCUUCUGAUUGGUGACCAUCCAGGCCCCAGAAGGGCUUAAAAUGCCACAAGCACAAUUCAUUUCUUUUGAUCGCCAUUCCUAAGGUACCUCAGGGCCCCGUGGGGGACAUUCCCCAAUUGGGAUCUCUGGUUUGUCGCAAGCAGCCCAGUUUUUCAGAGCACAAAACCACUGCAGAGUUGAAAUCAAGGUGGACGGUGUGUGUGUCGGAGGGUCCAGACCAUUCCAAUUAUCCUUCUGUUUUCCCUCUUAAAGUCUCACUCUCACUGCCAACCCCAUUCCAAGCUGCCACCCCCCCCCCACCCAGUCCCUUUCCUGGAAUCUCCUCACUGCCACUCAAAUCUACCCAGCCCGUGAAACAACCCAGGAACCAGUAUGAAUCCAGAGACUCCACCCCUACUCCACCCCCAGAUGCCCAGACGAUGAGGAUGUGAUGUGCUUCCGGAGAUUUCAAAGUGCUUCAUUGGGGAAGUGUUAUUUAUUCCUCUUUGGAAUCGGGCUCCAUGGUGCUGGCAGCAACGAAGCGGGUGAAGACAGUGUCUCAAAAGUUCCAGCAGCUCAGUACCUUUUGCAUUGGCCAGGAAGAUGGGUUCCCAUGUAGCAAAGCUGUAUGUCGUGCCCCCCCCAUAGCUCCUUAGCUCGUUAGCUCACAAACUGUGUUUUAUUAUGACUAAUCCUUAAUAACUAUGAUAAAUAACUGUGACUGUGAGGUUUGUUUUUUUUUUUUAAUCUCUUGUCAUUCUCAGCUGACAGUGACCAGCAUACCAGUUCUUGCAAUAAGGUAUUACCCUCAGAGUAUUAAGCACAUUAUCGUAGAGAAUAAAUAAUAUGUAAUGCACCUAGAAAUGCACACACAUGCACACUCAUUCUCACGUGUGGCACAUAGGGUCCCAUGUGAUAUUGUGUAGGAAAUCUACAACCUUCUCCCGAGGUUGCCUGUAAAAAAAAUAAUAGUCUCAUUGCUAAGGCAUCCCCGAUGCCGAGUGGCAAAGCCAUGUUCAAGCUGCAUAUGUAUUAAGUCCUAGAUUUAGAAUGAAAGGACCCUGCACUGUGUCUCCUGGUCCCAUCCCAUCCCCAUCCGUGUGUGAGUUCCUUUAGAAUUAAGAGCAAGGAGCCUUCUAACUUUCUCUUUGUUCUUCAAUGUGAAACUGAGAUCAAGUCUUUCUAAGUAUAUUUAAUGUUUGUAAGCAAUUCUAACUGAGAUGUUUGGCAAGAAAUCCCCUAACUGAUUUCCAUCCAAACUUACCUUAUAGAGCACAAUAGUGUAAGUGUCGUACAUUUACUGUGAGAACUGUGAAUAUGUGUAACUUUUUUCCUUUUUUUUUCUUUUUUUCUUUUUCUUUUUUUUUUUUUUUAGUAUUUGCCCAGGGAGGGGAAAAAAGAUAUUGUAUUAUCAUAUAUGCUUUUCUUUUUUGCAAUAAGGAUUUAUUCUCAGAACACCAAGUAAAUCUAUCUCUAUAUAAAAAAUAUAUGUAAUAUAUACAUAUUCAAAGUAUAUACAGAGCCUGUUUUAAAAAAAAAUUACAGUAUUAUUUAGUAAAAUUAUCUGUUCUAUGGACCAAAUGUAAAAUAUUUAUAAAUGAAGAUACAUUUUAAAUGUCUAUAAAUGGUGUCAUAACCAGAGCACGGGCGUUAUGUACGCUUCUAAGAAUUUAGAGGAAAAAUAAUAAAGGUUCUAUGAUAUACAACA